CUUGGCUUGUUUGUCUAACUGAAUCUGACAUUUUCAUUCAAAAGUUCACAACAAAACUUCUUGAGUGAUGGAUGUUUACGUGUCAGCUGUCACGAAAAUGUUUUGAUUACAAAAAAUAGAUCGGAGAACCCAUUUCACCUCGGCCUCCCGUUUUCCUGAUGCCUGGCAAUAAGUAAUUUGUAUAAAUGUCAUGGUUCGCGGACCUCGCCGGGAAGGCGGAGAGCCUCCUUAACAACCUGGACGAACAGACCGGCGCAGCUUUACGCAGCCAUAACGUUUCGAGAAAAAAGUUUGACAGCAAUGCACCAGAAUUCAUUGUCGGUCAUACCACUGAGACGGUUUGGGCGCCAAAGAAACGAGUGACGACUCGCAAUAAAAAAGCUAUGCCAAUACCAGCUAGUCGCAAGUCUUCACCAACUUCACAUCAGCAACCACGUACACUAGUAAGAGAUAAUGUUGAUUCUGUAAAGAAUGGUUCUCUGAAGUCGAAAGUAUCACCUUCAAGGAAAACCAGUCCAAGCCGUCAGUUCAAUCUAGAACAACAGUGCCCUAGAACAUUAGUUGGAGAUGUGAAAGACAAUGACAUGUUUGAAAACUAUGGUUUGAAACAUAGAAGGUUCAGCUUACCAUCAGACUUGGAACUGUUGAACGGUGAAGAAUGGACAUAUAAGAUGCAGAACAUGGAGGUGGAGAAUGCAAUGCUGAAGAACGAACUGAAUGUAAUGAACCGAGAAGUUGCUGAACUAUUGGACAGGUUACGGAAGACAGAGGAUGGUAAUGAUGUUGAUAGUAAAGAAGUAGCGAAAACUCGUUUAAAGCAGGAAACAACAGAUGCAUUAAAUCACCGUUUGAAUUUGGAGAAACAAACACUCUCGUCACAAGUGGAACUGCUGUCGGUCAAAAUUCAAGAGCAUACAAAUGCAGAAGUAUCAAAGUUUAAGGAAUUAAACCAAAGAUUAGAAACUGAAGUUUCUGUAAUGAGGAGCCGAAAUAUUGAGUUGGAGGAAAAAUGUAAAUUAUUAUCAGAAGCCGCAAAAGACAGAGAUGCAGUGCAAAGUAAGCUUGAAAACGACUUGAGACACGCACAAUCUACAAUAAGCGAAUUACAGGGUAACUUGCACAAGACUACUGAAGAAUGUAGGAGAUUGGAGAGAGACUGGGAGUCUUAUAAAGUGAGAGUGAAGAACAUGCUGCAAGCUAAAGAUGCCGAGAUAAAGAAAUUACAUGAAGGCUUGAAUUUUAAUGAGGAUACUAAGUCGUUAAUGGCACAGAUGGAGCAAUUGAAAAAAGAACGCGACGAGCUCCAAGAUGCUGUGUCAGGCAUUCGUUCCGAGUGUACGGAUAUGAAGCAGUACUUACAACAGGUGGAAUUGAGGCACGCGGCCGCUGAGCGCGUGGUCUGUGCUCUUAGAGAGGCGCUGAGGGAGGAACGGUCCGCUAGGACCAGGGCUGAGACACAGUGUGUUGUUGUAGCUAAGGAAAUGAAAGCCAUGCAAUUGGAGACAGGACAGACAAUCACCAGUUUAAGAACUGCCUUACGGGAUAAAGAGCAUGAAUUGAUCCACCUCCGCGACACAAUGUCCACGGUCCGUAGCACGGACACGAGUGCGCUCAACGUUGCAGACUAUGACGUCAUGCAGGACACCAUAGACAACAACAAGAUAGAAUACCUCACUCAAACACUUGUCCAGAGACAAACGAAAAUCGAUAGUUUAUUGGCGGAAAAUAAUAUUCUCAGGAUACAGCUGGAAAAAUUAGAAUCGAAAUUGAAAAUGGUACAGUCGUCACACCAGUUGAACUCCUCACACAGCGUAGUGCACUUACAAGAUGGAGACGGACGGCGGUCAAGACCCGCGCCCUCAACACUGUCCUCGCUCUCAGUACGGAUCGGAAUCAUGGUGAAACGAUACCCUGUGCUUAGGGCGUUCGUUAUCGGGUAUAUGAUCUGUCUGCAUUUGUGGGUCCUCACCGUUUUGUUUACAAGUACACCAGAAGAUUACGUUCCCACCUCAAAAUCUUAGUCUAUUUAUUAUACAACAUAUUUCUAAAUUACCUAUAAACCUACUGUGACUAUAGUAUGUUCUGUCUCUCACUAAUAAGGACUAUUACGUACAAAAAUUAUCUAGUGAAAAAUCUUUGGAUAUUCAAUUUUGACCGCCAUAGUCAUUGAGCAGAUUGCCUAAUACUACCAUAACGCCAUCUAGCGAGCACAAAAACUAAAAUCCUCUUUACAAAUUGACUGAAUGAAGUCAUCAAAUAGUUGAGAUAGGUUUAUUGGUUCUUUUGAAUAAGCACAAGUCUAAAGACUUGAGUAUUUACAAACAAAAUAUAUUUGUAAAUAAAAUAUUCCAUUAAUAAGUAUUCCAUUUGAAAUUAAGUAAGUCAAAUUUAAUUUGAGAUUCAGUUGAACGAUGUAAAAGCAAUUGGUAGAGCUUUAAGUUAUGAAAUGCUGUGUUUAGGUAGUUUGUAUUGAGAGAAAAUAGCAUUACCUUCAAGAAAAUUCUAUUAAAAAUUAAUAAGAACUAUAUAUUUCGCUAUAAAUCGUUUCCAACCUUAUUCCGGAUGUCAUAGAGCUUAAUUUUGAAUUAAAAUCCGUUUUAAACAUUAAGUUUACAGUCUUAUGAAGUUAACAUGUGAUUCGAUGACAAAUAACAAGUUAGAAAUACCUGAAUAUAGUAACACUCAGAAGUCAGAAAAUUAAUUUGGAACAGUGUGUUUCGUCACAAAAUAUAAUUUAAUAAGAAAAUAAAAGUAUGUGGCAUCUUUCUAAAGAAUUAAAAUAACUAAUUAACUCAUUGAACAUUUUAUCAUGACAAUAGACAAGGCUAUUUUUCCGUGUAUUCCAAACUUAUUUCAUUUACUUCUGUAUUAAGUUGUAUGAUUUGAAAUUAGAAAUACCAAGUAUUUUUGUAAGUAAUAAAAACUCAUUACGGGGAAUGUAGUAUUUUUAGAAGCUAAAUCCUUAUGUUUAUUAAUAUUUAUUAUUUGUUUAGUAUCUGGAUUCGUGGUGCUAAAUGAAUUUUUAGAAAUACUAUGUAUGUAUUUGUGUAUAUAGGUAACGAAUCUCGACAGUGCUUUAACAAUUGGCCAUAUAAUGUACCUUUUUGUUGUCUUUAUUUACUAUUAUUACUGUUGACAUUCGUUUGUUUAAAAUUUGAAAUUUAUUUUAUGUUUCUUUUUGUUAUUUUGCCGACUGACGAGAUCAUGGGCUAAAUAAAGUGUUUAUAAUCUUUU